UGACGGUAGUUAAUGGUAAUGGCAGAUGAAAAUAUGGUUCAGAACGCAGUACAGCCAAAAGAAAAUCAUGAAGACGAUGAAAAUGGAUGGGAAAAUGAAGGAAAUGAAGAAAAUUGUAACGAUGCUGAAUUUGAAGCUAUAAAUGCACAAUUAGAUCAGCUUAACUCAGUUUUGGAUAACCUCGAACAAAAAAAUGACGAUAUUCGUGCAGAAUUAAUUCAGCUACUACAAUCAAAUCGAGAAGCAAGAAAACAAUUUCAAGAGUUCCAAGAUUCUGUAAAACCGAAUUUGUAAUAUUUUAUUUUGAACAGAUAAUAUAUUGUAAAUAUAUUGAAUAAUAAA